AUGGUGGCUGCUGGCUUGGUCCAGCUGAUUGGAGGGGACAGUCCCUGCUCAGGACGUGUGGAGAUUGAUGAUGGGAAGGAGUGGAAACCUGUCUGUGCCUCAGACUUUGAUCUGAAAGCUGCCAACGUGGUCUGCAGGGAGCUGCAGGGAUCCCCCAGGACCCAGCCCUGCAGCCAUGCAGAUGCUGUUGGAGUCACCUGCACACAAUACAGGCUGGUGAAUGGCAGCAGAGGCUGUGAGGGGAGGGUGGAGAUUCAAGUGCAGGGGACCUGGGACACCCUCUGUGACUGGCGCUGGGACAUGCUGGACGCCCACGUUCUCUGUCGUCACCUCAACUGUGGCUUUGCUGAGUCCGUUCCGGAAGGAGGCCACUUUGGGAGAGGCACAGGCCCUGUCUGGAGAGACUCCUUCCACUGUGCUGGCACUGAAGCCCAGCUGGGCCAGUGCCCCGUGAGCAGCCUGGGGGCCUCUCUGUGCUCCCAUGAGCAGGACGCUGCUGUCAUUUGCUCAGGGCACGAGGCCAGCCUGCAGCUCUGCAACACCUCCCUGCCCCAGAGCGUGCUGUCAGCAGGCAUUGCAGAGGAUGUGGGGGUCGCUUGCAGUGGCAGCCGGCAGAUGCGGCUGGCAGAGGGCCGUGGGCGCUGCGAGGGCAGAGUGGAGAUCUACUCCCGGGGCAGCUGGGGCAGCGUCUGCGAUGACAGCUGGGACCUGGCCGAUGCCAGCGUCGUUUGCCAGCAGCUGGGCUGCGGAGGGGCGCUGCAGGCGGUUGGCUCCGCUGGCUUCGGGGCAGGCUCUGGGCACAUCUGGCUGGAUGGGGUCAACUGCUCCGGGGCCGAAGCUGCUCUCUGGGAGUGCCCGGCAGGGCCCUGGGGGCAGCACGACUGCGGGCACAAAGAGGACGCUGGAGUCAUCUGCUCAGAGUUCGUGACCCUGAGGCUGGAGAACAGCAGCAACUGCUCCGGGCGCCUGCAGGUGUUCUACAAUGGCACCUGGGGCAAUGUCUGCUCCAACUCAAUGACUCUCAGAACUGUCUCACUGGCAUGCAAGGAGCUGGGCUGUGAGGACACAGGAUACCUGGAUGCAAACCUGCCCUCUGCUAGGGUGUCUGCUGCUGCCUGGCUGGAUCGAGUGCAGUGUGGGGAGAGAAACAGCUCCUUCUGGCAGUGUCCCUCUGCUCCCUGGCACCUGCACUCUUGUGAAGACCUGAGAGAUGAGACCCACAUUAUCUGCCAUGGAGAUGCAGAGGUGAGGCUGGCAGAUGGCGGCAGGUGCUGUGCUGGGAGAGUGGAGGUGAAACACGAGGGACAGUGGGGGACUGUGUGUGGUGACCACUGGGACAUGAAGGAUGCUGCAGUGGUUUGUAGGCAGCUGCAAUGUGGAUCUGCUCUGGAAGUUCAUUUCGGUCGAAGCUUUGGGCCAGGAUCUGGCCCCAUUUGGAUGGAUGAUGUUCAGUGUGAUGGCUCCGAGUCUGCCCUGUCUGACUGCACACACAGAGGAUGGGGUGAGAACAACUGUGGUCAUAAUGAGGAUGUUGGAGUGACCUGUUCAGGCUUUGUCCAACUGGUUGGAGGGGGCAGUCCCUGCUCAGGACGUGUGGAAAUCCAUGAUGGGAAGGAGUGGAAACCUGUCUGUGCCUCAGACUUUGAUCUGAAAGCUGCCAACGUGGUCUGCAGGGAGCUGCAGUGGUUCACAGGGUUCAGGCUGGUGAAUGGCAGCAGAGGCUGUGAGGGGAGGGUGGAGGUCCAAGUGCAGGGGACCUGGGGCACCCUCUGUGACUGGCGCUGGGACCUGCUGGACGCCCACGUUCUCUGUCAUCACCUCAACUGUGGCUUUGCUGAGUCCGUUCCGGAAAGAGGCCAUUUUGGGAGAGGCACAGGCCCUGUCUGGAGAGACUCCUUCCACUGUGCUGGCACUGAAGCCCAGCUGGGCCAGUGCCCCGUGAGCAGCCUGGGGGCCUCUCUGUGCUCCCAUGAGCACGACGCUGCUGUCAUUUGCUCAGGCCCAGCUGGCUCCGCUUCCCUGCGGCUGGUGGGUGGAGGGAGCCGCUGCGAUGGACGAGUGGAGAUCUUGCGGCGUGGGACGUGGGGCAGGGUCCUGGCAGAGCAGUGGCACCUGCAGGAGGCCAGCGUGGUGUGCCGGCAGCUGCGGUGCGGAGAGGCAGAGGCAGCCUACACCCUGCCCAAGGCUGAGAGAGGGCAGGGCCCCGUGGGGCUGCGAGGGGUGCGGUGUGCAGGGCACGAGGCCAGCCUGCAGCUCUGCAACACCUCCCUGCCCCAGAGCGUGCUGUCAGCAGGCAUUGCAGAGGAUCUGGGGCUUCUUCCUGCUGCAGAGAGCCGGCAGGUGCGGCUGGCAGGGGGCCGCGGGCGCUGCGAGGGCAGAGUGGAGAUCUACUCGCAGGGCAGCUGGGGCAGCGUCUGCGAUGACAGCUGGGACCUGGCCGAUGCCAGCGUCGUUUGCCAGCAGCUGGGCUGCGGAGGGGCGCUGCAGGCGGUUGGCUCCGCUGGCUUCGGGGCAGGCUCUGGGCACAUCUGGCUGGAUGGGGUCAACUGCUCCGGGGCCGAAGCUGCUCUCUGGGAGUGCCCGGCAGGGCCCUGGGGGCAGCACGACUGCGGGCACAAAGAGGACGCCGGAGUCAUCUGCUCAGAGUUCGUGGCCCUGAGGCUGGAGAACAGCAGCAACUGCUCCGGGCACCUGCAGGUGUUCUACAAUGGCACCUGGGGCAAUGUCUGCUCCAACUCAAUGACUCCCACAGCUGUCUCUCUGGCAUGCAAGGACUGUGGGGACACAGGGGACCUGGAUACAAACCUGCCCUCUGCUAGGGUGUCUGCUGCUGCCUGGCUGGAUCGAGUGCAGUGUGGGGAGAGAAACAGCUCCUUCUGGCAGUGUCCCUCUGCUCCCUGGCACCUGCACUCUUGUGAAGACCUGAGAGAUGAGACCCACAUUAUCUGCCAUGGGAAACGACCAGAAGUGUCUGCAGAUCUCUCAGCCCCAUGCCCAGACUCCAGGAACUGCACAGCCAGGGAGAAGAUUCGUGCCGUGGGAGGGCAGCACAGGUGCUCAGGCAGAGUGGAGGUCUGGCUGCACGGCUCCUGGGGCACGGUGUGCGACGACUCCUGGGACAGGCAGGAUGCCCAGGUGGCAUGCAGGCAGCUGGGCUGUGGCCCUGUGCUGUCUGCCCCGGGGGAGGCUGCCUUUGGGGAGGGGACAGGCCCCAUCUGGCUGGAGCAGGUGGAGUGCCAGGGCACAGAGCCAUCUCUGCAGGAGUGCUGGGCCCGGCCUGGGGACAGCGGUGUCUGCCGGCACAAGGAGGAUGCUGCUGUGAGCUGCUCAGAUGCACCCAGGGGCUAA